AUGUUCCCAAAAGUGUUUGGCAGGACCACCCCAUCGCCGUCUCUAUCGUCGUCUGCGCCAAAGAGCACCAACACUCAGUCCGACCAGGCCAAAUCCGCCAUCAGAGACGUUCCUUUGCCACGCCCAUCCUCGGCCUCUCAGCGCCCGAUAUCCAGCCGUACGACGAGUCGGCCACUAUCCCGGUCUUCAGAGAAAAAAGCGAGCGCCAAAGCCGACAAAAAGUCGCGGUCGCCCAAGAAACAGGAGAGAGCACACGACCCCGACACCCACCCGCUCAAUCUCCCACCUCAAGAACGCGCUCGCCUGUCGAGACUGUCCGCCAGAAUGGACCAGGAAAAGCAACAGACCAACGGCAACGGCACCGCCGACAAGCCCACCCAGAAUGGCGAUGCCGCCCCAGCUCCUCCGCCGCACAAGACCCCCACCACUCCUCCCCCUCCGAGCACCGAGGAUGCUGAGGCCUUCAAGGCUGCUGGAAACAAGUACUUCAAGGCUGGCGACUACACCAAGGCCAUUGCCGAGUACACANAAAGGUUGCGCCUCUCGAUCCAAGUCGUUCUUCUGGUCACGCCCAUGCUGACAUGUCUAUCCGCUCUAGCCGUCGAGGCCGACCCCAAGUCUCCGACGUACAAAUCAAACCGCGCCGCCGCUUACAUGUCUGCUGGAAAGUACGUCCAGGCCUUGGACGACUGCAAAGAUGCCGACGAGUUGGACCCCAACAAUGCCAAAAUCUUGCUCAGAAUGGCCCGUAUUUACACAUCUCUGGGUCGUCCCAAAGAAGCACUCGAGACCUUCGACCGCAUCGAUCCUCCUGCAUCGCAAAAGGACCGCCAACCUGCUGUUACCAUGAACCACCAUCUUUCCGAGGCCGAAGAACAGAUCCGCAAUUCUACCUCUGGUUCCAUGGCCAUUUUCGCCCUCGACCAAGCCGAGAAGGGCCUCGGAUCUACCGUCACAAGACCACGAAAGUGGGCUCUGCUUAGGGGUGAGGCAUACUUGAAGAUGGGCAACGUAAAUGCAUUGGGUGACGCUCAAAACAUUGCCAUGUCCUUGCUGCGCAACAACAGUGCCGACCCCGAGGCUCUUGUACUCCGGGGACGCGCUCUUUAUGCACAGGGCGAGAACGACAAGGCUCUGCAACACUUCAGACAGGCUAUCAGCUGCGAUCCGGACUUCAGGNAUGCCGUCAAGUAUCUGCGUAUGGUGCAGAAACUUGACCGCACAAAGGAGGAAGGAAACGGCUACUUCAAGACUGGAAAGUACCAACAGGCUGUUGACACCUACACCUCUGCUCUCGAAAUCGACCCGCAAAACCGUGGCACAAACUCCAAGAUUUUGCAAAACCGAGCGCUAUGCUACACCAAAGUACGUACAGUCUGUCAUUUCCAAUUGAUCAACUCUAACAACAUGUGCAGCNUCAAGGAAUGGCACAAAGCAAUCGAAGACUGUGAGCGUGCUUUGAAACUUGAGCCCAGUUACACCAAGGCGCGCAAGACAAAGGCCAAGGCAUUGGGCGAGUCUGGCAACUGGGAAGAGGCUGUCAAGGAGUUGAAGGCCAUCGCCGAGAGCAACCCUGAAGAACCUGGCAUUGCAAAGGAGGUCCGCAACGCCGAGCUUGAGCUCAAGAAGAGCAAGCGCAAGGACUACUACAAGAUUCUGGGAGUUGAAAAGGAUGCCGAUGACAAUCAGAUCAAGAAGGCGUACAGAAAGUUGGCUAUCAUUCAUCAUCCCGACAAGGUUUGUGACUUUGUGCUACUGUUAGAGAGCAUUGCAGACGCUAAUCAUGCAAACAGANACCAAGGAGACGAGGCUGCAGCAGAUCGCUUCAAGGACAUUGGUGAAGCCUACGAGACUCUGUCAGAUUCUCAGAAGCGCGCUCGUUACGACAGUGGUGAAGAUCUUAUCGACCCUUCGGAACAGUUCGGCGGAGGUGGUUUCGGUGGCAUGGGUGGCGGUAUGGGCUCACAAAUUGACCCCGAGGUCCUCUUCCAAAUGUUUGGUGGACAGAUGGGCGGUGGUGGCUUUGGAGGUGGCAUGGGUGGUGGUGGUGGUGGCCGCAGAGGAGGUGGUGGAGGCUUCCCUGGAGGAUUCCACUUUGGUUGA